AUGAAAUCUCUGCGUGCAAUUUCAGUCAAGUAUUUCGACAUGGCGUUUUUGAACAAGACGAUUUUGUUGAUGACCUUAUUGAGGAACUUGGAGAGGAUAGUACUUUCCCAGAGGUACUUCAUAAAUCUGACACAACACAUGGUCUGUGUCCCCUCUUCUGGUCAAUGUUUUCCUCAUCACCUUUUGUUUGUCCAGAAACUCUUCAAACAUACAGAUUUUCAGGACCAUGAAUUACUCGAAAGUUUUCUUGGUUGUGUCAUAAAUGGCAAUACCAGAUCACUGGAUAUCCUAACCAAAUAUUCUGAAUCCAGUUCUGUCCUUGAUCGUGUUAAAUCAGCAACAAUUGGAGAUAUACUUCAAAACGAAACCAAUACUGGAAAACUGAUGAAAAAAUUGACAAAUGAGCAAGAUGACGGCUCUUCAUCCCAAAAUCCAUUCCCUGGUGACGAAAAUGAUGGCCUCCUUCAUUUGGCGUGCAUUCGUUCCCACAAGGAUGUGGUAGAAAGACUUUUGAAGUUAGGAUGUGCUGUGGAUGCCCUUGGUCAACUUGGAAGGACUCCUCUGAUGUACGCAAGCAGAGGUGGGGACCAUGAAGUCGCGGACAUAUUGCUCAAAGCUGGUGCCGACAUUAACAUCAUGGACGAAGAAGGAGCAUGCGCACUUCACCUCGCAGCUCGUGGCGGACAUUUACACGUCAUGAAAAUAUUCCUUGAAAACGGCGUCAACAUAAACGAAAAGGGAGAGCAUGGUAGAACGCCGUUGUUAUAUGCUUGCAGAUAUGGAUAUCCAGAAUUUGUAAAGUUUUGUCUCGAGAACGGAGGAGACACCUCAUUGAAGUGUGAUACAGAUUCCUGCUUACAUCUGGCUUGUAAAUCUGGGAAUCUUAAGACAGUGAAAAUUCUUCUCGAUAAGGACAUGGAUAUUAAUGAACCAGGGCAAUUUAGACGUACACCAAUAAUGUAUGCUUGUCGACACGGACACUUGGGUAUUGUCAACCAUAUGAGGUUGAAAGGAGCUGAUUUGAAAGUUGUAGACGAUCGGGGAGAAGACAUAUUUCACCUGUCUGUACUUAGUGGGAAUGUUGAUCUUGCAAAGGAAAUGCUGCCUCCUGAUGCAACCCGAGAUUCUGUAUGUGACUCACAGCACAGGUCACCAUUUGAAAAGGCAAGCGCAAUGGGACACUUUGACAUGAUCAAAUAUUUUAUUGACAACAAGAAGGAAUUAGUUCCAGUGCCAUUAUGUCUUAUUUCUGCCUGCUACAAUGGUCACAUGACAUUAAUCAAGAUGCUGAUUGAUAUGGUGGAUGAUAUCAAUGUAAAGGGUGAAAAGGGCCGAACAGCAUUGAUAAGGGCAUGUCUAGGAGGUCAGACAGAAACUGCAGAAUUACUUAUUUCCAAGAAAGCUGAUGUCCAACUUGUUGAUGACUAUGACAUUAGCAAUAUGCCUGUGAUACAGAGAAUAGAUUUGGUGAAGCUGCUGCUGAAGCAAGGAUUCACUGUGAACACUCCAUGUCAGAACGGGAUGACGUCUUUAAUGUGUGCCUGCAGACGAAACCAUAAAGAUCUUUUUGAAUUUCUCGCUGAAUAUGACAGAAAUGCGGUUCAUACACUAGAUACGUUUGGUUUAACGUGUCUUCAUCACAGCUGUGUUGGAAGACACGACAAUCAAGAAAUACUGGAAAUGCUGUUUGACCUUGGGAUGAAUAAUGUCAACUGUAGAGACGAUGGUUUGAAGACCCCAGCCAUGUAUGCGAGCAAGAAUGGUCUCACAAACAUACUUCACAGUCUUGUUGAACAUGGGGCUGACCUGAACCUCAAGGAUAAAAAUGGACAAACCUGUCUCCAUUAUGCUUGCUUUUCAAAGAAUGAGAAUACCAUUAGGUAUCUGGUUGGUUGCGGAGUUUAUAUUAACUGUGAGGACAACAAAAAGACGACACCUCUUAUGAAGGCCUGUUUCAGAGGAAAUCCUGUUGCAGUUGAUGUUCUGCUUGAAUUAGGUGCUGAUGCUAAAACGAUCUCACGAUUUCUUUUAAAACUAAUGAGUGUGUAUUGACAAGUACCCUAUUGCAAUUGUUAUGCUUGGUACGGUAACUUUUAACGCUAACAUUCAGAUUCCAUAGCAUUUUAAACAUUAUAAAUGUGUACAUAAUUUUAUUAACAAAUCUAUCUAUCUAUCUAUCUAUCUAUCUAUCUAUGUGCAUAUACAUAUAUACACUUCAAAAAAAGUAGGGGAACUGUAAGAAGAAUUUACAAUUGCCAAAAUUGUGAGGUAUAUUAGGCGUGGGGAAUGGUUACAUGAUAAUAGUGAAUUAAUUGGGCAAACAUUACAACAGGUAGUUGAGUAUUACAGUAGGUUUUAUGACCACCAAAGAUCUUGA